AUGUCCCAAGAGACAUUGUUGAAUUAUGACACCUGGGGAGACAUGAUACUAUAUUCUCAAGUUUACAAAGAGAGAUUGGGCUUGAUUGCCAUUGAUGAGGCACAUAUAUUAGAAUCCUGGGGUGAUACAUUUAGGCCCACUUUUGCUCGACUUGGUGAGGUGAGCUACCAUUUCUCGAAUGUACCAUAUCUGAUGUUGACAACUACUUGCACACAGGAAGUUGAGCAACAUAUUACAGCCAAAAUACAUCUUCCUCGUCUAAAAUUAUUUACUGCUUCUCCGGAUAGGCCAGAAAUUUAUCUUGAAUAUAAGAGAUCCCGAGAUAUUUUUAAAGAUUUGGGCUGUUUGUUCCACGAAAUUAAAAGUAAAGGCAUCGAAACAAGGAAGGCAUUAAUAUAUGUCAGGUAAUACUGAUUAUGAAUAUAUGUCAGUCGUGGAGGAAAUCUUUGCAGGGAUGUUCUAGGGCAUCUAAGAGAGCAUGCCUACCUGGAACAAAGAAGGGAUUUCCACAACAGUCGUAUUGCUCUCUAUCAUGCAGGGAUGGCAAGCAAGGACCUGGACUAUAUACUUCAGGAGUUCUCAAAACCUGACAGUGUCAUUAGGUUUGUCAUAUGCACCAUAGCUUUUGGGUUGGGCAUCAAUAUUCCAGACAUUGAGUUUGUUAUUCAUUGGGGAGCCUGUGACUCUCUCAUGGAUUACUGGCAGGAGGUUGGAAGGGCAGGACGAGAUGGAAGGAAAGCUAAAGCAUUCUAUUAUGUGACUUCUGGUUCAAUUUUGCAAGCCUCUGAUGAUAUGAAGGAGCUUUGUAAAUUGAUGGACAAAUCUGAGAUGAAGUGCUUCAGAGAAUCUAUUUUGCGACAUUUUAUAGGACACUCCUCAGCACCAAAAGUAGCAAUUCCUGAAUGCCAAUUGCAAUGUGCAAAAUGUGACUGUGCAAGGUGUACAUGCUGCCAUCUCUGUUCCAACACCUGCCCUUGCCAUAAUAAUUCACAGUAGUGACAGUUUUUCAGCAGGUAAUUGCUUUGACAGUAAUAAAUGUUAUAACAGAGGAUGCUUACUUCUCCAAGGCCCUGUACUUAAUAUUGUAUGGUAUAAAAUUUAUGAGAUUUAUCUUAAUCUUUUCCAUUACUAUAUCAUGACUCAGAGACAGUGCAGUGAUUAACUUUCAUUACCAUUAUAAGUAUCUUGUUCAUGUAUUAUAGACAUAUUCCUCAUUUUCCAAUUUUUUUUUUUUUUUUUUUUUUU